AUGAGCCUGACCUCGCGACUAUUCGGCCUGUUUUCGACAACGGCGGCUUCGGCGGACUCGACUGCGGCAGCACAAACCCCGGCGCCUUUGGUUCAUCAUGAGAUAAUCCUUCCGGGUUCUACCCGGCAUGCCCGGGAUGACCAUAUGUUGGAGGAGGAGCCCCGUCCGCCAUAUCUUCAUGCAAUGCUAGCGGGUGGAACUGGAGGAACAUGUGGUGAUAUGUUGAUGCACUCGUUGGACACCGUCAAAACCCGGCUACAAGGCGACCCGAAUUUCCCGCCUCGGUACACUUCGAUGACCUCGUCAUAUGCGACUAUCUAUCGACAAGAAGGUUUCUUCCGUGGGUUAUACGGUGGAGUCACGCCAGCGGCGCUGGGCUCUUUUCCCGGCACGGUGGUAUUCUUCGGCUGUUACGAGUACACGAAGCGGGCGAUGAUCGAUGCGGGCAUCAACCAGAACAUCGCAUAUCUAUCGAGUGGUUUCUUGGCCGAUUUGGCGGCUUCCAUCGUUUACGUCCCCUCGGAGGUCCUGAAGACUCGACUACAACUUCAAGGCCGAUACAACAACCCACAUUUCAACUCAGGCUACAACUACCGCGGCAUGACUGAUGCCUUCCGAACUAUCAUUCACCAAGAGGGCUUCUCAGCGCUGUAUCACGGCUACAAAGCUACCAUUUACCGUGAUCUCCCAUUCUCUGCGCUGCAAUUUGCAUUCUACGAGCAAGAGCAGAACAUUGCAAAGCAAUGGGUCGGACACCGGGAUAUUGGACUGACCUUGGAAAUUCUUACGGCGGCUACUGCAGGUGGAAUGGCUGGCGUGAUUACCUGCCCAUUGGAUGUGGUUAAAACGCGCAUUCAAACUCAGCAAAAUCCUCCGUCAAAGUCCACCCGGUUAUGUAGCGCGAAAUUCGCUAGCGAUCACGUCCCGAAGGAAAGCCCGCGGCCCCAUGCUCCUAGUUCGUCCCAAUCACACGCGUCGUCGAGGACGCACUCGCGACCGAUUUCCACCUCGUCACCCUCUACAUCGGUCUCUCCUCCUGGAGCUCCACGGCUAGACACAUCAUCCGUGUUCACGGGACUGAAGAUGAUCUACCGUACCGAGGGCUUUGCGGGGUGGUUCCGCGGCGUGGGCCCACGCGGUGUGUGGACCAGCAUUCAAAGCGGAACCAUGCUGGUGAUGUACCAGUAUCUCCUCAAGCAACUCGAGAUUUACCAUGGCUCUUUGGACGAGAGCCAACCGUUGUGA